AUGAACGACGCCACCAAGGUUGACCCCGCUGCCCGGAGCGAGCAGGAAGUUCUAGCAGCACUUCCUCCUCCACCUUCUGCUCUUCCAGAUUACGAAGGAUCCUCUGACAUCAGUGCAGAUAAGAUAUCCGUCAAGGGCGAUUCGAACGGCGUGAGUCGUUCUUCCUCUGGCUCCAAGUUACCUGCAUCCGCUGUUAAAGCUUCAUCUGCCGCGCGGUCUAUAGCUAAUAAGUUUGCCAAGAGUGGACGUAGUGUUUUAACACCACUGGGAAAGAGUAUUGGCUCGAAAACUGCAAGUAUGCCGUCUCCCGUCUCUACAACAUCUCAAAGCGAGACCGAAACAAGCUCUCCCAACUCAAUUGACGCUACUAUUGUUGACUCGCUUGGAUCCGUUGCCUCCGUUGCAGGAUCAUUGACGUCGGGUAUUACGUCAUCAUUAGCGAGCGCGUCGACUUCAUUUGGAUCGCUGCUGUUUGCAUCUCAAAGCUCCAACGUUAGCAACGCCGAUGACGUGGAGGAACGCAUAAGCAAUGCUGACAGAGCUGAUGGAGAAAAUGAUGCCGCGGAGGCUGCUAAAUUACUUCGACAGGUGACAGCUCAACAAAGAAUGAAGAUUCUAGAAGAUUUGGUCCAACAUCGACGUUCGGACUGGAAUUACCUCAAAGCAAUGCAUGAAGGAUCAAACUAUUGGUUAAAUGUUGCAUUAUUGAGAGAACAGCAAGUGAUGAAGCACGUCGGAUACAAGCAGAGUAUUCGACGGGGCGCGCAAUUUUUUUACUUGGGCCUUGGGCUUGGAAAACUGAUCGGAGAAUCGACGCAUUCGGAGCUGCUGGCAAUGGAUUGCUGCCAAUUACUCGAAGAACUAGAAUUUUACUUUUCAUCCGCAGCAGUUCAAGGAAUGAAAAUGAUGGUAGCAACAUCCAGCACACUACACGAACCUCUCGCCACGGAAAAUAAAUCAGUCUACUCGAUUGAUGAGCCUUUUAAGCCAAUAAUGCACAAGUGGAACCAGCGACCGGUCUUUCGACGACUGACCACACCUCCGAUUCCAUUCCCUUUGGACUACCGGGAAGUCUUACUUUCGUUGUGCGAUAUUUUAGCGCUAAUUUACAGCAAGCUUGUUGAAGACAAUAGCGCUUCUGAAAACAUCAACCUAUUUCAGUCCGUUAUGCGCUUCGAUGAUCGGAUAAAGAAACUUUUUAUCGAUCCUGUAAAGAAAGAGUUUUCAGCUGUGGCUUCACAAGUGAUUGCGGAGGAGAUGCGACUUGUUCGGAAAGUAUACGGAUCAGAGCGUUCGGACGAAGAAUGCUUGCCGCCCUCGUCUUCCGAUAGCGGCUUGCUACAGACUUGA